CUCCGGACUGUGUACUUUUAGCGCGGUGAAGUUUCCUAUUUGCACUGAUUUAGGUUAUCUUCCGAACAGGUUGGCAGGGCUUAUGAGGCAGCUCGGGUUUUAUUGAGGAUGUGAGUGAGUGAACGGUGAGUCAGGAAGAUGAAGAAACGCCACGGCCGGUGACGUCGACGCGGUGAUUUCCUUCAUUUCGCAGGUCAAUCAGUUAAACUUAGUUGUUUUGGAGGAACUUUGACAUGUAGCUGCUCGCACCGCGGCACGAGCGCGUCGCAUUCAAGUGUCUCUGCACCCCGAGAAACUCUCCUAAAGUUAUUUAUUGUCGUUUUUCACCUCGGAAAUUAACUCUCCACUGAUUUACUCUGUCGUUGCAACAAUGUUGGAAAAGCUUUCACCUUAUUUCACCGCCGUGGGUGAACUUUAUCACGGCAAGAGUCGGUGGAGCUCGGCGGCGGCGGCUGCUGUGAUCCUCCUCGGGCUGUUUGCCUCAUCUUGCUGGGCAGAGGAAGCAUCCUGCCACGGAGCCUACGACCUCUACUUUGUUCUGGACAAGUCUGGAAGCGUUUCUGCUGACUGGUUCGAGAUUUACUCAUUUGUGAAGAACCUCACCGACAGGUUUGUGAGCCCCAGAAUGAGAGUCUCCUUCAUUGUUUUCUCAGCCAGAGCAACAGUCCUGCUGCCUCUGACCGGAGACAGAUCCAAGAUAGAGGAGGGUCUGAAGCGCCUGCGGGAAGUGAAACCAGCAGGUGAAACAUACAUGCAUGAAGGAAUAAAAGAGGCCUCAGCUCAGAUACAGAAACAGGAGGUGAUGUCCUCCAGCAUCAUCCUGGCUUUGACAGACGGGAAACUCGAAGUUUACGUUCACGAGCUCACAGUGAAAGAGGCCGAGGAGGCGAGGAAAUAUGGCGCUCGUGUUUACUGUGUGGGUAUAAAGGACUUUGACGAGCAGCAGCUUGCUGAUAUUGCGGACACCAAGGACCAAGUGUUUCCUGUCAAAGAUGGCUUCCAUGCACUCAAAGGCAUUGUCAAUUCUAUAUUAAAGCGAUCGUGCACAGAGAUUCUGAGCGUGGAGCCCUCCAGUGUCUGUGUGAACGAGUCCUUCGACAUCGUCCUCAGAGGGAACGGCUUCACCCUCGGCCGCAGCAACGAAGGCGUCGUCUGCAGCUUCAUAGUCAACCAGCAAACCUUCAAUCAUAAGCCGAGUACAGUGCGUAAUGAUUAUCUGCUGUGUCCUGCACCGAAGCUCUAUGAUGUCGGACAGACCAUGGAUGUUCUCAUCAGCCUCAACAACGGCAAGUCCUUCAUCUCCAGUGCCUACACCAUCACUGCUUCCACAUGUUCGGAUGGUUUGGCGGUGGCGAUCGUCUUCCUGGUGCUGCUGAUCCUCGUGGCUCUGGCCCUCAUGUGGUGGUUCUGGCCUCUCUGCUGCACAGUGGUCAUCAAAGACCCACCGCCACCUCCUCCACCUUCCCGUCCUCCACCACCUGAGCCUGAGCAGCUGCCCAAGAAGAAGUGGCCGACUGUGGACGCCUCGUACUACGGAGGAAGAGGAGCUGGAGGGAUCAAACGCAUGGAGGUGCGCUGGGGUGAAAAGGGCUCAACAGAGGAGGGGGCCAGGCUGGAGAAGGCCAAGAACGCCAUAGUGUCCAUACCAGAGGACGUAGAGGAGCCAAUGAUCAAACGCCCCACCCCGAAACCUGCUCCCACCUACCACCAGACGGAGAACAAAUGGUACACUCCCAUCAAGGGUCGUCUCGAUGCUUUGUGGGCUUUGUUGCGGCGGCAGUAUGACCGAGUUUCCCUCAUGCGUCCCACCUCUGCAGACAAGGGUCGGUGUAUUAAUUUCAACCGUGUGCAGCAUCAGUAGAAGAGAAGGACUACUGUGUGAAAACCAACAUGUGCUGAUUGCUGUGGACACGAGAAGAAUUUCAGGUUUUUUGUUUGUGUAAUCCUGCAGCUAAAACCACUAUCUGUUCACUCUGCUUUCCCCUCUGGUUCUCUGCUCUUAGACCUCUGAAGCACACAGGGUGAAAUGUUAAUAUGAACUCUUAUUCAUUAAGUUAUUUACUACCUUUCCUUUAUGACAAAUCCUUUUUUUGUUUUUUUUAAUAAGGAAAGUAAAAGUAGAAGCACAGAGCGCCCCAGAACCCAGCGCUCAGACUCGGUUAGCUUUUCGUGCGCACCAAAGGCUUAACAUAUUCUGACCAUAUUGUGCCUUCUGUGAAAAACCAAAUUUCAUGGACACAGACGGAAGCUAUCUAAAAAAAAAAAAAAAAAAAAGAAGAAGAAGUAGAGAAAGGGGCUGUUUGCCUUUGGCGUGGAAGUCGGAAUAAUCCCAGUGGGCCUCACAAGUGCAGAAGUCCAUUGCCUUUUGGCAAUGUCUCAUCGCGAAUCCUCUCCAACUUCAGCAGCGCUGGAUGCCUGGCGGCUGCCCUUUGACUGGCUUAUCUUGUCAUUUUAACACUGAGAAGUGCACACGCAUGACAAAUUGUAGACAGGGUGCCCCAAGGUAUUGGAAGGCAUCAAGACUUUGCCCUUUAGUUUUGUAAUUUUUUUUUUUU